UCAUGCGAAGAUUAUCACUACAGCACACCCACACAAAUAAAGACAGAGCCCCCACAAAUAGCAAAUCGAGUUUUUGAUUGAUUCCACAUUCAAAAUUUUCACCUCAAUUAUAACACGAUUAAUCACAAAAGCUCUAGCCCUAGAAACAGCCAUCAUCCCAACAUCGAACUGCAGCAUGGAAGCUGAUGUCUUGAUUUCCCCAUAGUUUGAAACCCCUUUUUUAGAUUUAUUGAGCAAAUAAAAGAAAAUUGGAGAAGAUGGUUUUACGGGCUUUGUUGUAAAUUUGGAUAAAGUUGGGAUUUUUACGCUUGGAUGAAGAUGUCUGAUUUCUGGGUGUUGUUCUGCUACUUGUUUUGUUUAAUGGGCUCUUUCGCAGCUUAUGGCAACGUGGUUUUGAUAGGCAACAAUGUUACCUUGUCGUUCGAAGACAUUGAAGCUAAUUUUGCCCCGUCCAUUAAAGGAUCCGGGAUAUGUGGGACGCUGUCUGUGGCCGAGCCUUUGGAUGCCUGCUCGCCACUGACUAAUAAAGUCGUCCCAGCAGCGAAUAACACCAGGUCUCCGUUUGUGCUGAUUGUCCGAGGUGGAUGUAGCUUUGAUCAGAAAGUCAGAAGAGCUCAGGCUGCAGGGUUUAGCGUGGCCAUUGUCUAUGAUAACGAUGAUGAUUUGGUUGCAAUGGCUGGAAAUUCUGCCGGUAUAAAGAUUCAUGCUGUGUUUGUCAGAAAAGUCUGUGCCGAGGCAAUGAAGAAAUAUGCCGAUGUUAGUGAUACAGAGGUGUGGAUAGUGCCAAGCUUUGAAGACUCUGCGUGGUCUAUAAUGGCUAUCUCCUUCAUCUCGUUGCUCGCGAUGUCUGCUGUGUUGGCUACAUGCUUCUUUGUCCGAAGGCACCGUAUUAGAAGAGGACGACCUCAAGCUCCACGUGUGCGAGAAUUCCAUGGGAUGAGCAGCCGCUUGGUGAAAGCCAUGCCGUCCCUAGUGUUCACGGCUAUUCUCGAGGACAACUGCACUUCAGCGACGUGCGCCAUAUGUCUCGAAGACUAUACCAUGGGCGAGAAGCUACGGAUACUGCCAUGUCGACAUAAAUUCCAUGCUAUGUGCGUCGACGUGUGGCUGACGUCAUGGAGAACGUUCUGCCCAGUAUGCAAGCGCGAUGCCAGGACCAGUAACGGCGAACCACCAGCGAACGAAUCCACUCCACUGCUCUCGUCCGCGGCAGGUUCUCUCGCUUCCUCCUCACUCUUGUCGUCUUUUAGGUCAUCGCUAGCAUCGUCAUCAGCCAUCCUAAUAGGUGGAUCUUCUCGGACACCGUCAGUCUCUCUGCCUCAGUCUGUCUCCUCAACCCCUUACAACCCGCAUUCGCUCCUCUCCCACCACCAAUCCCCUCAUCUUAGUCCUAGCCGGAGCUCGGUCGACCUCCAGAACAUGUCGUCGCAACUAUCCCUGGGAGCGUAUUUAGUUUCACCCCACUCGUUAGGUUAUCCUUCCUUGUCAUCUCUCAACUCAAGAUACAUGUCCCCUUACAUCCCGAGCCCCGGCAUGGGCUCCUCGAGCUACCUCGGGUCUUCAAGUCGCCAAGCUAACUCGCUGCUCUAUGGUGAGUCGGCCACGACUGAGUCGAGACCAUUGCAUUAUAGUGGGUCGGUCUCGAGCUUCUACGAGGGGUCUUCGAGCCAUCAAGCUAACCCUUUGCACUAUGGCGAGUCAGCCACGACUGAGGCGAGAGCGUUGCAUUAUAGCGAGUCGGCCACGAGCUUCUCGCCGUUCGCUUCGGCUCAUUCGCUGCCUGAUUGUUAGUGAAGACGCUUCGUAGCUUACACAGAUACAGUGAGUGUUUGAUUGGCGUGCUCAGAUGUUGUUAAACUUGUAAAUUUGCCGUGAAAGUUGGUAAUUAUUAUAAUGAUAAAAGCCUGUGCCUUUAAUCACUCAUUUUUAUGUUUCUUCUUUUUUUUAUUUGUGGGUUUUGCUCUUGCUUUGUGUAUAUAUAUUUAAGAUUGUUUUGUGAGUUGGGGAUUCUCACUUUUAGCUGA